UCUAAAUUAAAUUUCAAACCAAAACUAGCCACCAUAGACCAAAGUCCAAACCUCUUAAAGUCUUUAUUAGCCCCCACAUAAUAAUCUUUUUAAUACAAGAAAAAAAGUUCAAGCCUUCAAAUUAUACAAACACAAAACCCUUCAAGUUUCAAUCUCUUCUCCUAGCUAGUUCCUAUGGAAGAUUUUCAUAGAUCAAAAUCUAUUUCAAAUGGCCACCAAAUGAAUAUGCAGCUAGAAAACUACUAUGGACCAACAAAACCUUAUGAUCUAAGAAGCUAUAGCUCUUCCUAUGUACAUGCUUCUAAGGAUUUGAAGUUGAAGAAAGGUAAAAGCUUCUCAUCUGGCUCAUCUUUUUCUAAGUCUUUGAGUUUUGUAAAUGAUCCUGAAAUUCAGAGAAAGAAGAGAGUUGCUAGCUAUAAGAUGUAUUCUGUUGAAGGGAAAGUUAAAGGAUCUUUUAGAAAGAGUUUUAGAUGGCUUAAGAAUAAGUACUCAGAGGUUGUUUAUGGUUGGUAGAGAUUUUUUUGUUUUGGAAACUUUGUAUGAAAUUUGUGAUUUUGAUUUCUUUUAAGAAAUAUGAGAUAUGAUUUAUUUAGAAGAAUUGUAGAUAAAUCAUUAUUGAGUUAUGAUCGUUUUACAUGAUUUUGGUAAGGUUUUUGAUUAUAUAUGUCAUAAAGUUACUUAAUAUUGGAAUUUAAUUGUAGUUUUUUUUUUUUUGUUGAGGAUUUUAAUUUUGUGUAUUCUCAUGUGUAGUAACCUUUGUAUUUGUUUGUAAUAUGUAUAAUCCAAAUAAUCUAUUUAAUAACAUAACUAUGAUAUUUUCAUGAUCAUUAUUUUGUUACAAAUCAAUUAUUGGGUCGUAAAUCUAAAUACUUUUUUUGAAAGACCCUAGAAUUUAUUAAGUUUCAUAAUCUGAACACUUGUCUUUCUCCAAAGCAAUUAUACAAAAUAGAAAUGGAUAGAUUCCAUUUCACAUUCUAUAAGUCCUUAUAAAAUCGUUACUAUAGAUAAUACUAUAUUUUAUAUGAUAAAGUUUUUACUUUAAUGAAAUAAUAAUUGAGGUCAAAUGUCUUGAAAUGUCCUAUUUUAAUUUUAUUUUUAAAAAAAAUUAAAUCUUAUUCAUCGAUUUUUUAAAUUAAUCGACAGGUAAUGUAACUUAUGGUUUGUGUUUCGAUUUUCUGUUCCUGCAAUUUCAUGUUUUAUUUAUAACCAAAAUGAUGUCCUUAUUUUUUAAAUUUUUUAACUUCACUAUAAAUCAUAAUCUCUCGAUUUUUUAAGCAGCCGACAUGAAAUGUUGCUUAUUUUUUAUUUAAUUAAAAUAGAACUAAGUUGUUAUCUCGGUGCUUGCUACCAACCGAGAUAUAAACACCAAACAAUAUUACAUUCCAAUAUCAGGAUGUAAACCCUCAAUCAUUUUUGCUAACUCCUAUAAAAAAUGUGUGCCUUAGUGAACGAACGAAUGUCCAAUUCUUCAACUUUUCCACCUAACGACCGAAACACCAUUCUUCCUCUUCUCUACCUAACAAACUGGAACAUUAUUAUUCAUCUUCUCUAAGUCGAAUGAAAUAAACAAAGGAGGAAGGAAACUUGAAACUUAAACCAACACAUUUCCUUGACUCUCUCAUCAAGUUUCCGAUAUGUAAGAGUUUCUUCAUGAUGGUACCAAUAAUCUUCUUGUUAUUGUAGUUGUCGUUGUCGUUGUUUUUGUUUUUUGUUGUUUUUUUUACGCUUAGGGUAUAACGUUGUGUUGUUUUUCAAGUAUUUAUUGUUGUUGUUGUUUAGUGUUAUUGUUGUUUCAUUGAGAUAGAAUGUUCAUUAUUGUUGGUUGUGUACGCUUUUUAUUUUAUUUUCA